AGCAUAAAAAUUUUCGCAUCUGAUCCAAAAUGAUUAAAUGUAAACAAACAAUUACGAAAACAACUGAAAUAAGAAUCUUAUCAGUCUAAAGGUCGAAAACGAAAUGGAUGUGUUUAUUAAAUUAAAUUCGGAAGUUGCUGGUAAAGACAAAGCUGCAAGACUCUUGCAGUACUCUUGUCGUGCCUUAUGGGACUCGUUAAAUGUGAAAAACGAAGCACAUUUAGCUUUAAUUCAUCAAUUAAAGUCAUUAGAAUAUAUUCUCAGUUCAUUCCGCAAAUUACUACGUUUUGGAAAGUCAUUGGAGGUGUUUUAUGGCGCUCUAAAGUCCAUUCAUUACAGUGAUGCUUGGCUUGCUUUUACAAUAACUGUUAAUAAAAUUAGUCAAUCGAUUUUCUUAUUCACUGAUCACAUUAUAUGGCUGGCGAGGAGUGGAUUAGUCAAAGAUAUAGACACAGUUAAAUGGUCACAACGUUCCAACAAAUAUUGGGUUUUGUCACUUGUGAUGAGCAUUGUUCGAGAUAUUUAUGAAAUCAAUAGGGUAGUUGCAAGUCUUUCAUCAUAUAAAGAGGUAACAUCAUGCAUUGCACUUUCAUUGUUGUCAAUUAGAAGCUCCAAAGAUGCCAAUCGUUGUUUGACAACACUCUUUGACUUUCUCAUCACUUACAAGCAUUUAACCAUCGAUACAGUGAAGAACUGUUGUGAUUUAUUUAUUCCACUUACGAGUAUGGGAUACAUCAAGGUCUCACCACGCGUCGUUGGCUUAUUAGGAAUGAUUUCAUCAAUCGCCGGACUUAUCGUCGUCCUUAAUCCUCAAUGCAAAUUGACACCUUAGUUACUUCAACAUUCCCAAAUGAUGUUCUAUCCCAAAUGACCCGUUAUUGGGUUAAUUGAGAUGUCAAUGUUGAUAUUGAUGACAGACAAGGGUUAAGGUUUAGCUACAUCCUUUCAAAUGAAUUUUUUUCUCUUCUCUUCUCUUCAGUUAUAAAAGUCAAACAAAACAAAGGUGAACAAAGGAAAAUGUCGAUUCAUUGAAUCGCAAAAACAAAAGCAACAAAAAUAAAACUAAGCACGAAAAAGGAAAAGUAGAUUAAGGUGAAACAUUUAAUGGAUGAACCAAAUAUCAUCAACUGUAAUAUAAAAAAAAGGAAACGGAAUGGGGUUGAAAUAAAAGAAGCAUUUAGUUU